AUGCGUAAACGUAAUACACAUCAGAGAAUCAAAAAGGACCCAGCUUCAUUAAACGAAGCCAGCCAAUGGCAUGGGCGGGAUGCCUUGCGAAGUUGCAAACGGGCGGCCAGCAGACAGGGGACCGCUGGGCGUGCUGGCGGGCGGUGGAGGGCGGCGGCUGGCGCUGGUUGGCAGAGGGCGAAUAUCGCGCGACGUGCAUUCGCCAGGAUUGCCGGGGCCAGCGAGAGUGGGACAGGGGCCACGAUGGACUACUGUACCUUGCUACGGGCUGACAGGAGGUUGUUGGGGAGAUUACUCGUACGGAGCACAUCUGGCAUCUGGCAGCGCCAAGAGACACGGAAGAUUGAGUUUUGCUGCAAGGAUGACGAUACCUGGUAUCGUGCCCGUAUUAUUACCGGCCAGCUGGGUUUUGUCAUGUUUAGUGCCGGGGUGCUGCCCGCGGAUUGGCCCGCGGUCUGGUACCAAGGCACGGUCCAAGGUUCCCAAGCUUGGUGA